AUGAAGAUCUUCAUCGCCGUCCUUGCUCUCCUCGCGCUCGCGGCGGGCGGCGCCUCCGCGCAGCUCUUCGACGCCUGCAGCCAAGGCGGCUACAGGCAGUACUGCCAGCAGCCGUCGUUCAUGCAGCCGAUCAUGAGCAGCAACCCGUGCAGGGAGUUCGUGAGGCAGCAGUGCAGUCCGAUGACGCUGCCCUGGGAGCAGUCGCACCGGCUGCAGCUGAGCAGCUGCCAGCUGAUGCGGCAGCAAUGCUGCCAGCAGAUGAGGGCCAUGGCACAGCAGUAUCGCUGCCGGGCUAUCUGCACCAUGGUGUAUGCGAUCGUCCAAGAGCUACAGUUUGGCAAUGGCUUGUUUGGUGAGGCACCCCAGACUCAGGCUCAGGCUCAGGUGGCUCUGAACUUGCCUGCCAUGUGUGGUGUCUACCCGACCUACUGUAGCACCCCUUGCAGUGUUGGUAUUGGCAGUCACUGUGGCUCUUGCUGAAG